AUGGCCUCUUUUCUCCCACCACAGCCUGCCACUCCGAAUCAACCUCCACCACCUCCUCUGCCGCCGGGGAAGAUGAUGCAGCCUCGUACGCAAUUCCAGCCCCCACCGCCGGUCACUCCACCGCCCUCUGCCAACCGGAACGCCACUUUUCUGCCCUCUCCUAUCACUGAGGAGGGAUCAUGGGAAGAGGCGGAGACAGACGUCACAGAUGAAGAUGCUCUUGAGUUUGAUUUCGAGGAAGAUCUUCGCGCCAUUGAUGAAGUGAAGGGUGAAGCCAUGCUGAAGGAGGUCGGCAGUCUAGGCUCGUUGGAGUCGAGACCAGGAACAAGAGGCAGGUACUUCAGCGUGUGCAAGCAUUGGCUGAAGACUUUGUGUAUGAAAGGAGACAAAUGUGAUUUCCUGCAUCAAUAUGAUGUCAACCGGAUGCCUGAGUGCGUGGCCUGGGUUAAACACGGUCGCUGCACUGAGAAGGACUGCGAGCUCCGCCACGACAUAGAAACCGUAGAAUGUCAAAAAUAUAAAUACGGAUUUUGUCGUUUGGGCAACAUGUGCAGACUACGGCAUGAGAAACAUGGUCGGCAGAUGCUGCCUGAUUUGGUGCCCGACUGGUAUCUUCGUGAAUGCGUGCCUAACGUCUUUGAGUUCGUCCCUAGAAUGCCCGAGGACCUAUUGAGGACUUCCAUCCAAGAGCUCAAGCCUAAUCGACAACAGCCACCACCGCCUCCACCUCCUCCACCCGGCGGCCGUGUAGAUACUAGGUAG